AACAAAUACGAGAGUUGGAGAACAAAUUUGGUUAUUUGGAAAUUCAAAAGAAACCCUUGUGCAAAACCUGAAACUGUUAGAUUAUGGUAAUCCACCUCCGCUAUUAUAUAGGAGCACUCUUGUUUGAUCAAAAAUCUUUCCACCAUCUGUCAAAAUUAUUCUCAAAACCUAACAGUGCUAUCUUCAUCUUCAUCUUCAUCUUCUUCUCCUUCUACAAUGGAAAACGAACUUCCGAUUAGUAGACGUUUCUUCAAAGUCAUGGUGCCUGGUUUCCAUGCAAAACUUCCAAUUCCACCAGAUUUUUGUUUGAAGCUAAAAGGGGAAAAAUCAGAAAAAGGGACUUUAAAACAUGGAAAGGGUACAUGGAAUGUAGAAAUUGGUCGAUCGAAGAAUGGGGUUAUGUGGUUUGAUAAGGGUUGGGAACAAUUUGUGCAAAAUUAUAACCUAAGAAUUGGAGACUUUGCUGUGUUUGAGCACUUGGGUAAUAUGAAUUUCAGUGUUAGCCUUCUUGAUUCUACUGGUUGUGACAAAAAGUAUUUGAUGUUGGAAGAUGGUAAACAACAACAACAAGUACCUUCCCAGGUGAAAUCUCCAGAGUGCAGAAUAGAGAAAAGGAAACCCGAGGGAGAUGUACUGCUCCACCAAUACGUGAAAGGAAGUUCUGAGUUUACGGCAAGAAUAAAAGAAUAUAACGUCAGAAAACGUUCUCCUUAUUUGCAUAUACCCACGGAAUUUUGUCAUUCAAAUGCACUCCUUCAGAAUACAAUCAUAACGUUAACAGGUCCAUCGGGUAUAUCAUGUCCUGUGAGUCUAAGAAUUUGCUCUGGUGGGAAGACUUUAUAUGUCAUUAUGACAACAGGCUGGCGUAACUUCUUUUUAAGCAACAAGCUAAAAGUAGGAGAUGUUUGCAUCUUCCAAAUUGAUCGCACAAAUAGCGACUCAAAAUCCAUUACAAUGAAUGUCCGUGUCAUGUAGGCUGUACCUUGUAAACUUAAUUUCAUUAGGUAAAGGUUCAUUAAUUGGCUGAUCAGCAAUGAGUUGUACUGCUAGCUGCUGCAGAGAAAAUAGGCGCAGCACGUGUUAUCCCUAGCGAAAAAAUGAGCAUGAAAGCUGCAAUGUCACUGAGAUUUCCCAAGAAGCAGCUCUUCAGGGAGAAGAAAGCUCUAUUUUUGUGGAGAGAAUAUACUAGCUCUUGCUACCGAAAUCUGGCAGUAAAGAAAUGCUGAGGUUUUCCCCUGUCUUGACAGUGUAGUACUUUGGCUACAGCCUGUGAGUUAUGAUAUACUCAUUUGGCGUUGUACAUUUGUUUAAAGGGGUGUAUCCCCAGAUUAUUUUAUUGUAUUUUGAAACGUAAUGAAUAUCUUGGGCAUUCUUCCCAAGUCAAUUAAUAGUAUUUUUCAUAUUUUUUCGUUCCUUU